AUGACAGUGAGCUGGGCCAUUGGUGAGGAUGAUUCAGUAGAAAAGGCCAAGCGGUUGCAGGAGAGGGGAGGGUUGCUGGGGCUCAUCACGCUACAGAGGAAGGGCAUACUGAUGCGGGCAGUGCUUUCAGGGAAAUGGUGGAGAAGCACUCACCAGCCUCUUUAUAGAGGGACAGCUGAGACCUACAACAGUGGCAGCCAGGUGUGUUCCUGGACCAGGAGUCCUGGUUCCCUCCACUCCUCUCAUUCAUGCUCUAGAUUAGACGAAAGUCUGCUACGGGACAGGUCAGACGGUGUGAGCCGUCCACAGGCAGCAGCAGGUCCAAGCAGAACUGCUGCCCAGCCACAGGAUGCCGGUCGAACAGUACUUGCUAUUAAGCUGUUGAAAUACUUCUGGUUGGUAAAUAGUUUUGCCCCAAACCCCGAGUGUCCCUUGACGCCGCACUGGCAGCUCGGCCAGAUGCUCCCGCCAUUGUUUUCCAAUAAUCCAGCCACUAAAAGGGAGAUGGUAGAGGUUUCUGAGCUGGAAGCCGAGAUAAAUGUCGGGGAUAAUGAAAACCCUCUGUGCUUUGUGUUUCUUUAUUGCACAAGCUCCCUUGUUCUUGGUCAGAGACACACCCUAUUGGAAAACGUACCCAGUCAGCUUUCAUCUGCGGUAGCUGCCACAAGUGACACGGGGGGCGGGGGGCUCCUGCGAGAGCUUGGCGUUUUUAGCACACGAAAUUUUGCUGCCACAGCUUCUACAACCAGCUGGCCUACUCUGGACUGUCUGUCACAAGCGCCCAUCCUCAGCAGAGCACAGCAGCCUGGGGCCCUGGGGGUGCUUGGGGGUACGUGUGCCUCUGGCCUUUCACCCCAGAACCUCGACCAGGCUGCACCUCCCGUGCCCCCUCUUGUGGCAUCCCUGAUUCCCACCCCUCCGUUUCCUGUAGAUCCCUGUCCCCCCAUCUCCCCCGUCAGCCUCCGCAGGUUGCUCGUAGGAGCCCCGCGGGCCGUGGCCCUCCCACUGCAGAAGGCCAACAGAACGGGGGGCCUGUACAGCUGUGACAUCACCUCCCGGGGGCCUUGCACACGGAUCGAAUUUGAUAAUAACGGUGUGUUCUUCUGUACUGUGUGUCCAAUUGGCCAGCUCGCCUGUACCCCAUUUGCCCUUUCCAUGAGGGGGGAAGGGGCGCAAGCAUUUACAUGUGCUCACCGAUAUGAAAAAAGGCAACACGUCAACACAAAGCAGGAAUCCCGCGACAUCUUUGGCAGGUGUUAUGUCCUGAGUCAGAAUCUCAAGAUCGAAGAUGACAUGGAUGGAGGAGACUGGAGUUUCUGUGAUGGCCGGUUGAGAGGCCAUGAAAAAUUUGGCUCUUGCCAGCAAGGAGUCGCAGCUACUUUCACUAAAGACUUCCAUUACGUUGUAUUUGGAGCCCCGGGCACUUAUAACUGGAAAGGCAUUGUUCGUGUAGAGCAAAAGAAUGACACUUUUUUUGACAUGAACAUCUUUGAAGAUGGGCCUUACGAAGUUGGUGGAGAGACUGACCAUGACGAAAGUCUAGUUCCCGUUCCUGCCAACAGUUAUUUAGGAUUUUCUUUGGACUCAGGAAAAGGUAUUGUUUCUAAAGAUGAGCUCACUUUCGUGUCUGGUGCUCCAAGAGCCAAUCACAGUGGAGCUGUGGUUUUGCUGAAAAGAGACAUGAAGUCUGCACAUCUUCUCCCUGAGCACAUUUUCGACGGGGAGGGUCUGGCAUCAUCCUUCGGCUAUGACGUGGCAGUGGCCGACCUUAACAAGGAUGGGUGGCAAGAUAUAAUUAUUGGAGCCCCACAGUAUUUUGAUAGAGACGGAGAAGUCGGAGGCGCAGUGUACGUUUACAUUAACCAGCAAGGCAGGUGGAAUAACGUCAAGCCAAUCCGUCUCAAUGGAACCAAGGAUUCCAUGUUUGGCAUUGCAGUAAAAAAUAUUGGCGACAUUAAUCAAGAUGGCUACCCAGAUAUUGCAGUUGGAGCACCCUAUGAUGAUAUGGGAAAGGUUUUCAUCUAUCACGGAUCCCCGAACGGAAUAAAUACCAAGCCAACACAGAUCCUCGAGGGUAAAACGCCUUAUUUUGGGUAUUCAAUUGCUGGAGAUAUGGACCUCGAUAGAAACUCCUACCCCGAUGUCGCGGUGGGCUCCCUCUCCGACUCCGUCACUGUGUUCAGGUCCCGGCCUGUGAUUAAUAUUCAGAAAACCCUUGAAGUAACACCUAAAACGAUUGAUCUCCGUCGGAAAACGUUCUGUGAGGCGCCUAGUGGGAUAUGCCUCACGGUGAAGGCCUGUUUUGAAUAUACUGCCAAGCCCGCAGAUUACAAUCCUUCGAUAUCCAUUUUGGGUACACUUGAGGCGGAAAAGGAGAGAAGAAAAUCUGGGCUGUCCUCAAGAGUUCAGUUUCGAAACCAAGGUUCUGAGCCCAAGUAUACUCGGGAGCUAACGCUGAACCGGCAGAGGCAGAAGGAGUGCAUGGAGGAGACCCUCUGGCUGCAGGAAAAUAUCAGAGAUAAACUGCGCCCCAUUCCCAUAACUGCUUCGGUAGAGAUCCAGGAGCCAAGCACACGGAGGAGAGUGAACUCGCUUCCAGAAAUUCUUCCGAUUCUGAAUUCAAAUGAACCCAAGACAGUUCAUCGAGAUGUGCACUUCUUAAAAGAGGGAUGUGGAAACGACAAUGUAUGUAACAGCAACCUUAAACUAGAAUAUAAAUUUUGCACCCGGGAAGGAAAUCAAGACAAAUUUUCUUAUUUACCAGUUCGAAAAGGCGUCCCAGAACUAGUUCUAAAAGACCAGAAGGACAUUGCUUUAGAAAUCACAGUGACAAACAGCCCUUCCAAUCCCAGGAACCCCACAAAAGAUGGCGAUGAUGCUCAUGAAGCAAAACUCAUUGCAACUUUUCCGGACACUCUGACUUACUCGGCAUACAGAGAACUGAGGUCUUUCCCUGAGAAGCAGUUGAGUUGUGUUGCCAAUCAGAAUGGCUCGCAAGCGGACUGUGAGCUUGGGAAUCCUUUUAAAAGAAAUUCCAGUGUUACUUUUUAUUUGAUCCUAAGUACAACUGAGGUCACCUUUGACACCACGGAUCUGGAUAUUAAUCUGAAGCUGGAAACAACAAGCAAUCAAGAUAAUUUGGCUUCAAUUACAGCCACAGCAAAAGUGGUUAUUGAACUGCUUUUAUCGGUCUCUGGAGUUGCUAAACCUUCCCAGGUGUAUUUUGGAGGAGUCGUUGUCGGUGAGCAAGCUAUGAAAUCCGAAGAGGAGGUGGGAAGUUUAAUAGAGUAUGAGUUCAGGGUAAUUAACUUAGGUAAACCUCUUAAAAACCUCGGCACAGCAACCUUGAAUAUCCAGUGGCCAAAAGAAAUUAGCAAUGGCAAAUGGUUGCUUUAUUUGGUGAAAGUAGAAUCCAAAGGAUUGGAAAAGAUAGCUUGUGAGCCGCAACAGGAAAUAAACUCCCUGAAACUAAAGAAGUCUCACAACUCAAGAAGGAAACGGGAAAUUGCUGAAAAGCAGACAGAUGAUGGCAGAAAAUUUUCUUUAUUUGCUGAAAGAAAGUAUCAGACCCUUAACUGCAGCACGAACGUGAACUGUGUGAACAUAAGCUGCCCGCUGCGAGGGCUGGACAGCAAGGCCUCGGUGGUCCUUCGCUCGAGGUUAUGGAACAGCACGUUUCUAGAGGAAUAUUCCAAAAUGAACUACCUGGACAUUCUCGUGAGGGCUUCCAUUGACGUGGCCGCCGCCGCUGAGAAUAUCAAGCUGCCACAUGCGGGCACGCAGGUUCGUGUGACUGUGUUUCCCUCAAAGACCGUAGCUCAGUAUUCAGGAGUACCGUGGUGGAUCAUCCUAGUGGCUAUCCUUGCUGGGAUUUUGAUGCUUGCUCUCUUAGUGUUUUUGCUAUGGAAGUGCGGAUUCUUUAAGCGCUCUAGGUACGAUGAUAGCGUCCCCCGAUACCAUGCUGUGAGGAUACGGAAGGAAGAGCGGGAGAUCAAAGAUGAAAAAUAUAGUGAUAGCCUGGAAAAAAAACAGUGGAUCACAAGGUGGAAUGAAAAUGAAAGCUACUCCUAAAGGGGGCCAAAAAAGGCUUCACAGUUCCAACUGCUUCUUCCCCCUCCCAACUCAGAAAUCUAAAUGGACUUCAAAGGCUGCUCCGCCCGGAAUGUUAACUUCAGGCAGGCCACACACAGGAACAGAACAGUUUUAACUGUGGGCGUGGCCACGUAGCCUGAGGCUCCGGUUUUGCACAGCCAAAUCUAAGACUGUUGGAAUGGAUUUUUCUUUCACUGCCUUAAUUUAACUUUCCGGGUUGCCUUUGUUUUUGGUGUGGCUGACUUCCACGUGCUGGGAAAGGGCCGGCUGCGCCGAAGAGGGCGCCCGGUCUCCGCGCCGACAGUGGCCACCCUAACCCGGCCUCUGCACUCAUUGUUCCCACAGGACUCGAGAACUUGCAAGUGUCCUGCAUCACAAGACUAUGUCGUCGGGGAGUUGUGUGUCAACUUAAAGUGCUCUUCUUAAAUGUGCAAUAGGUGACGUUGCUGUCUUUAACCAUUUCCCAGAGGUGUGAAUACUCACACUAAAUAACAUACAGGUUUCAUGCUUCCUUUUCACUAAAACACAGGUGCAACAGACUUGAAUGCUAGUUAUACUUACUUGUAUAUGGUAUUUAUUUUUUUUAUAAACCAUUUUGUCAUUGACAAGCCAAAGAUUAUCUUCCAGUUGGAUUAAACCAUCAGAAUUAGAAGAUGAGAUGUCAUUGGUUUGAAUUUAGUGCAAAAAAAAUAUAUAAGUUAUUACGGCAUCUCCCUUCAUGACAGCCCUCCGCUGCCUCCAGACCCGAAAUGUUUAAUCCUUAUCAGACAGUGGGUAUUUCUGAAUUUAGAGCCCUGUGUUAUGUCCUGCAUUUUGUGCUAUAAUUUUCAGGAACUCUUGGAAAUAAUGGGUUUGUUUGCUGAACUUCAGUGCAGUUUACUCCUUGCUGCAAAAAUUGUAAUAAUCAGGACUUAGAAAUGGUGAGUGCCUCUGGUGGAUCCAAACCGACCCAAUGUGAGACUACUGAGUAUCUGAUACCAGAAGGCAGAACAUUGCGGCUUGUAAGUUUUUAGAUGUUGUUGGAAUCAUUUCAUCAGUGAGUCAAUGUUCUGUUUUUAACUUGGUUUCCUCCUCUUUACUUUGAGACUGCACUAAUAACCAGUUUUAAAUGGCUUCAUUGUAAAAAUGAAGUGACAGAGGAGGAAAACAUUCUUAUACAUUCAACAGAGAUUGAAGAGAUAGGAAAGCUGAAUCUUAAAAAAUUACUACUUCAAAAUGUUAAGUUAUAUGGGGAAUAAUAGCAAACAGGUGCUAACUUGUUUAGAUCUAGUAUAAGCAGUGUCUCAAUCUUUCAAAAGAACAAAAUAGAGCUACAUGUGCCAUUUCUGCUUUGGAGCAUUUUUUCCCUCUUUUCAGAAAUCUUAUGCCCUUCAGAUGCUCUCAUCAUAUUUUGAAAUUUUCAUUGUUUUACAAAUGACAUUUUGUUUACAAAAAUUUCUCUAAAAUCGGUCAUACCAGUGUUUGAAAACUAUUCCUUAGUUAGGUAACUUGUAACCUCAUGAACUAUCUUUCUAGGUUGCUAAGAAGCUGGUAUUUUGUGUUCUAGACCUUCAUUAUAAAAACAGUGUCCUAAAAGGGGAGGAGGAGGUGGAAGGCGGUUCAGCAACAGUGAAACAAGAAUGGAGUGGUGUUUGUUGUUAAAAAUGUCAUCUUAAGUCAAGUCACUGGUCUGUUUGCAUUUGAUACAUUUUAAUACUAGCACUGUAAAACUAUUUCAUGAUUAGAAAAUACCUGUGGAUAUUUGUAUAAAAGUGUGAAAUAAAUUUUUUAUGAAAGUGUUCAUUGCUUAGUAACACAUUAUACAUAUAUAUAUAUAUAUAUAUAUAUGAAACAAACUCUAAAAUUAUAAAUAACCUGAAUUGCUUUUUUUUAUUUCAUGGAGCCAAACUAAAGUUUUUGAUGUAUUUUCCCCCCCUUUGGAAUCUACUGUUCAGUUGAUGUCAAAAGAAAAUGAUCUUAAAGUAUGUUUAUUCAAAAUGCCUACAAAUUAAGAGAUGUCAUUUAGCAGUGAUACCGUGGAAUUAAGAGUUAAGAGGUCUUAGGGCAAAGUUGCUUUCUUCUUAGAAGAUAUUUUGAUAGCAGUUCGGCUGUGUCAUUACUGAUCUGGCAGAACUGACCAGUCUGAAAAUAUUUUCUUCACCAGAGGAUUUUGUUUGGAUUUAAGCAAUUUUGUGAACCUUCUCUAGCUGGUUUAUCACAAUCUUAUAAAUAAAAACAAGGCACAUAUCUAGUGCUCAGAUAAUAUAGCAUGCACUGGACUGAAUAAUUUUCUAAUGCAAAAUCUGUCUAGUAAAAUAGUUUUCUACUGUACUUGGUAUUAUGUAGUGACUUAGUCUUUGUUCUUUGAAGAUGAGACAGGUAUUACCACCAAAAGAAAUGUGAUUGGUCCUUUUAAUGACAGACCAGUAGCUGUGAACCUUUUAUUUACCAGUCCCAAGGAUCUGCCCAGAUUAAUUACUACAGUGUGUAAUCGCCAUAACCAUUGAGAGUGGCAGUUGCUAUGGCCUGGCCAGGGCCAUGGUGUAAAUACUUGCAUUGGACAUUAUGCCAAUGCUGUUGAGGUCUCCUAAGACCGUACCCCUUUCUCUCCCUCUUAAAAAAUCAUACGGGAACGCCAGUCAUAGAUUAAGGGGACAAUCCUUGGAUCCAUUUACAAACACUGACAUUUUCUUGUUGGUUACAGAUUACUUGUCACAGCCACAUACUUGACAUGCCCUGGGGUUGAGGCUAUUCUGGGAUUUGGGGCAGAUCUAAGUGGGGAUUCUUUAAAUUGUCCAGAGCAGGGGAGUAUGGUUAAGACCAAGCCUUCUACUCUAAAAUGAAAACAUCUUAAUGAGAACAGACCUCUAGUACACUAACCUAUGAAAGGGACAGUGUGGCAAGAGAUAACAAAUUGUUUUGUUUUUAAGGAAGAGUGAAAUGCUAUGGGUGGGUGGGUUCCACGUGACUACAACCUGAGGGCUAAGAAAACAGCAAUGUAUGAAAGCUGUGAUCAGGUAGGGUAGCAUAAAGUAAAUGAUUAAAGGCAAUUCCAUAACACCAAAGGGUAGGGUCCAAUCCCGGCUCAACCACUGAGGAGAAGGCAAGGUUCAAAGAGAUGGAAGAAAAUGAACUUCAGGAUGAUUUCAAAAAUGGUAGCUACUGAAAAAAAAAAAAAAAACUAGUAGGCCUCUAUUCUUCCAGUAGUUCCUGCUUCUUUCCCUUUUGUACCUUUUAAAAAACAGGUUUUGCGGACUCUGAAAGGCAUCGGCCCCAGCUGAUAGGAUGGGGGAGCCCUGAGUGCUGCGGCCAGGUAUGCAGUGGCGUUAACCAACGGACCCAUCUAGAGGGACAGUUGUGAAAGGAUUCAUGAUUAAAUCCUCUAAGAAUAAGUGACUUAUAAAAUACAAAUCAGAGUGAGAAAACUGGUCUAGCACAGUGCGAGAGUAGAGAAGGCGCCACAAAGUAUACAACCAGCCAGGGAAUGGUUAAUGAGGACCCUGUAGUAAAGGAGUCAAGUGCAAGUUUUAUAAAAGUCAGUGGAGCUUAUGGGCCUCAAUCUCUACCCUUCUCCUAAUGCCAUCUCUCAGGCUGUCUGUUGCAUGGAAAUGGGCAGCAACAGACCUAUGUUAGCAGAGGUCAGACAGAAUUUACUAUUCAUCCUUCUAGAACAUUGAAAAAAGACUCAAACUAUAGGGAUGUCAUGGACUUCUUUUGUUAUCCAGAGUUUAGCAGAUAAGUAUUCAAUCCAGUCCACCAAUAACCAGUAGAUAGAUUUAAGUGAAUAUUCUGCUAAUAUCCUGUCAUUGUGAAAUGAAGAUAUAGUUUAACUGUUUCUUCCAGUUGGAAAUAAAAUUUCUAAGGAUGGUAGUAGACUCUGGGAAUACAUAUACAAAUGAAACCUCUUAUAGGAAGCUUAUCUAAAACAACAGAUGGUAAACCAAAGCAAUCUUAAGAACAGAGCUAAAGGGAUGUAUCCCAGAUUUCAAGAUAUACUACAAAUCUAUAAUUAACACUAUAGUUAACACUAUGAUACUAAGCACACAAAAAGAUCUAUAUCAGUGAAACAAAAGAGAAAACCUAGAAGUAAACCCAAACUUAGUCAGUUUAUGACAAAGGAACCAGGAAUAUAUAAUCAGGAAAGAUAGUUUCAGUAAUGGUGCUGGGAAAACUAGACUAUUUUCUGAUGCCAUACACAAAAACUCAAAAUGGAUUAAAAACCUAAAUGGGAGACAUGAAACUAACUCCUAGAAGAAAACCUGGGUAGUAAUCUCUUUGACAUCAGCCUUCGCAACAUUUUUCCAGCCAGGUUUUCUCAGGCUGGAAACAAAAGCAAAAAAAAAAAAAAAAA